GAACCAGCUAUUCCGAUAGGUGUGGAAUCUUUUCGGUUCCGUUGUCACAGCGAGCUGCUUGGUCUUGCCAACACAAACACUCAGCUUCCAGACAUCGUCGGUGAGAUAACUGCCGUGAAGAGCACUGUCACCGAUCCUCCGCAGAACAAUAACCGUCUGAUGGCAACCAUAAAAAUGGAUAAUGAUGUUUCGGUGACAAUGAGUCUGUUCGACUCACAGGCUGUCAAGCUCCACAAACAACUUGAAUCGGUGGGAGGUGAUCCAAGGGUUCUGGUUGCAGCCAGUAUCAACCCCAAAAUUGUGGGAGGUCGUCUGUUUCUGAAUGCUGCUUCAGGCACACACAUAUAUUUUGACAAGGAAACCACCGCAGGGGAGACUUAUUUCUACAGGCUGGUUGCCCAAGACACUGGGCUUCCAUCAGCAGCUCCAUUGCUAAAGAGCUACGCCAAAGUGGAAUCUCUGCGCAUAGCUGAGCUCAAUGAAUUUGUCAUAUCUGCUUCUUCUCAGGAGAUUGAUUUCAUCUGCACCGGGAAGGUCACUGGUAUCAAGCUGGACAAGGGAUUGUGCUACGUUUCUUGCUCCAACUGCACCAAAAGCUCCAACGCACUGUCUCAGCUUUCACCUGUCUGCAUUGUACUAAUACUAAUGCUGUUGGUGUCUAACCAUUUAUAUCGGGUGGAGAUGUCCAUUGUUGUUUGUUUUAAUGGGGUUAUGACAAAACUGCAUAAUAUGAGAGCCUAUGAAACUAGCCAUCUUUUGGCUGGUAAUGGUGUGAACCCGGAGGACACUCAGGCACCUCCAUUUGUUGCAGGCAUGGAGGGUAGGCCUACACAUUCCAGGUUAAGGUCGGUGCAUACAACUUCACUGCAAACCAUCAAACCUUUACGAUCUCCCCAUCCUUAGUGAAUGUGACUGUAUGCCGCUCUCUCAAUUUGUUGACAAUGGAGGCGAUGAUGACAAUGGAGACAACAACAGUGGUGCCAUCUCGGUUCGUUCUAAGGUGGAGACUGGUGGUAGCAGUCAGGUGCAAGGAUCCUCAGAAGUUAAGAAGAAUGCCGUAAGGCAUAGGUGGAGAUGAUUGGAUACUUGAAGUCUUGAAGUUAUGAUGCAGUAUUUUCCGCUUUCAAUAAUGCUUAUGCAUCUGUUUUUUCCCCUGUUUUGUUGACAACUUGGUCUUUAAAUAUUGGUUAGUUUAUGUUUGGUUACACACAAGCUGUAUAAAAUCUAUCACGUACUCCAGUUGUUUUGUAUUUAAGAUCCUUAUUCAUACUUGGAUAGCUCAAAGACUGCUUGAAAUGGAAUAUGAGUCUAUUAAUAUUACUUGAGUAUUCAUUUUUAUGUAACUCAAGACUACUAUAAUAUAAAAGACCAAGAGUUCAAACCACUAACUUCGAAAUGUCGAUUUCAUAGCAUUUUACUAUAGUAUAUCAUAACAUGAGAUGUACGUAUACGUCACUAUAUAAUCUUAUACACACUGCCCAUGUGUUUGUAUCCGAACAUCAAAUAUUUAUACGGCUUACCAACUUUUAUAUGCUUACUAAAAAACUCAUAAAUAAAUACAAUCCCCCAAGAAUAAAGUACUAUUUAGUAUUUAACACUAUUAAAACUUAUAAAAAGAAGGGAAAAAUAAAUUACCAACAUGGAUCUAAGCAAAGCCUUUUUUCAAAAAAAAAAAGAAAAAGAAAACAUGGAUCUAAGCACUCGCUUAUAUUAAAAUACUACAUACAAUGUAACUUAUUGAAAAUACAACUAACACUAAAAAUUAAUAGAAUAAUGAUUAGUAAUAAAAUUAGAAUUAAAACAUGACCCCAAAUUAACGGAUCACAUGCUUCAAGAAGACGUAAUAAUAUUUAAUAUUUGGUCAGUUAUUGCUUAUCAUAUGUAAAUUAGAAAGCCUUCUAUGUUAUAUUUGAACAAACAAAAGCUUAUUCUAAAAACAAAAAUAACGUUAUAUCAUGUUAAAAUUAUCUACUAUUUUUAUUAACAACAUACAAAUAAUUUACUAAACAGUUAUCAGAAAUAGGUUUAAUUGAUAUAUAUUCAUCUAAUAAUAUCCAUAUCUCAAUGUUACUUUUUCAUAAAUACAAAUAAUGCAAAGUCGCAAACAAUAAAUAAUAAACCUCUACAUCAUAGUAACUAUAUGUUUCAAGAAGAGGCCACCUAAGGUAAAACCCCAGAUGUGUGACCUCAUAAAUACAUCAAGAUAGAAUAUGGAAUUACUUCACCUCUAUACCAAUAAACAUGGACCCAGAACCAAAUUAUGCUCUUUCAUUUGACUCCAAAACAUAACCAACAGAUAGAAUGCCAAGAGAGAUCUCAACAUCAAUAUCUACAGCAAACCUGCUUGCUGAGAGACGAGCACCCUCACCGGCAGAAGAAGAUGAAUUUUGCAUGCAUUGACAAGAUUGUAAAAGGCCAUGUUAUAAAUUCAUUGCAAUGCAACCAUAUCUAUCAUCACCAAUGCAUAAUUGACUGUAUUCGAAUGAACAUAAUAAAAUGGUCUAUAUGCCGAGACAUAAUAUUUUAGUCGAAAUGUUUUCUAUUUUCACGUACAAUAAGUUGUACUCAGUUUUUCCAUUUAAAAUAAUACAUUUGUUGCUUUUACUGUUUUUUCUUUUUGUUUCUUAUUUCUCCAUAUUUUCCUUAUUAGUACGAUUAAUUACAUAAUAUAUAAACUACUAUAAUCAACACAAAAAAUCAAACAAACGCAAAAACAACUAAUUUUUUUAAUAAUAACAAUUACCAACAUUCUACAAAACAACUAUAUUAACUUUGACAACAAAAGGAUACAAUUGUUUUAACUUCUAAAUAAAACAUUAUUCUCCUCUAUUUUAUAUAUCCUCACAACAAAAGGAUAUAAUUGUAUUAGAAAACUCAGUCUCAUUCUCUUUUGAUCAAAUUCGAUUGAUUUACGAAUUUUAUAGUGUUAUAAAACUGAACCCUAUAAAAGCUAACAGUUUGAUUUAAACAACAAAAACAAUAAAAAUUCGAUAAUUUUAAGUAGGGCUGGGCAAAAAACCUGGAUCCGAAGAACCGAACCGAAUCCGAUCCGAAAAAGUAGUACCGAACUCGAACCAAAAUUGAUAAAAUAUCCGAACGGGUUCAAAAUUUUGGUAUCUAAAGAACUGAAACCGAAUCCGACCCGAACCGAAGUAUCUCGAGUACCCAAAUGUAACCGAAAUAGAUUUAUAUACCUAAAUAUAAUACUUAUUUUUAGAUUUAAUAUAUAUUAAAAACAUCAAAAAUAUAUAAGAUACUUUUAAGUUGUCUAAAAUACUUGAAAAUAUAUAUAAAUAGUGAAAAGUAAAUAUCUAAAAUAGCUAAAAUAUAUUCAAAACAUCAAAAUACUUGAAAUAUCUAUUGAUUUGCUAUCCAAAUAUUCAAAUCAAACUAAUUUAUAUGUUAAUUUUAGGUAUUUUGACACAUAUUAUACAAAUUUAUAUGUAAUAUAUUAUUUUAUUUUAUAUAUUUUGAGAAAUUUUAAGCAUAUAAUGAAUAUGAAAAUUUUAAAAAUAAUUUAAAUGGGUUAUCCGAACCCGAACCGAACCCGCGAAGAUCCAAACCGAACCCGAACCAAAAUUUAAAAAUACCCGAAUGGGGUUGAAAUCUUUACAUCCGAAAUCCGAAUAGAUCCGAACCGAAGCCGAACGGAUACCCGAACACCCACCUCUAAUUUUAAGUUAUGUAGUUGAAAUUUGUUGUAGACAACAUAAUCACACUCACGCACAACUCAACAUACAUAAAAUUUACACAAAAUUAAAUUUACACAAAAUUAAUUUUUUUUUAAAACUAAUCCAUCAAAUCCCGCGCGUAGCGCGGACCUCCCCUAGUAUUCAAUAUUUAGAUUUUAAUUUGCUGAAAUUUAAUUGUAUAAACCCAGCAUUAACAUCUGCUUUGGGUGUCAAAGUCACUUUUGUAAGAAAAAACUUCUCCAUAAACAUUAACUACUAUUAAUUAGAGCAAUUAUUUACUAAUAUUUCAAAUUAAAAGUUAUCAGACUAAAAUUUACAAUAGGCAUACGACAUUUAAGCAGAACUGAAAUUCAAACCGGAUCUAACCCGAAAUGGACUGGUUUCAGUUUGAUUUUGGUCAUAGUCAUUUAUCUGUUUACUUCAUUUUAGUUUUUAUCGAAAACCGAUCAUAUACCUGUUUUAAACCGAACUCAAUAUUAAAAAACACACAGAAUUGUUGUAUAUCUCAAAAAUUGAAUAUGAGAUGGAUAAGCAAAAUAACAUGUGCAAUACUACUAGGCUACUUUAACUUUCUAGUACUUAAGUACAUAUUAUUAAUAUAUAUACAAUUUUUAUUUAUUUUUCUUUAAAAAGAAAAAUAAAGAAAUAAAAUAUAAUAUUUUGAAUUUAAAAGUAUAUGUCCAAAUUGAUUCAAAACCGGGUGGAACCAAUCCAAAUCUGAAUCGGGAUUUUACCAAGUAUAAUAUUAUUUAAAUAUAUUUUUUCUGUAAUCGAAAUACCCAAAACCAAAUAGAUUUUACUCGAAACCGACCCGAAUACCUGAAGUAGCAACCCUAGUUCACAAUCCAAAUUAUGUAUUAUUCUUUUAAUUUUUUAAAUUAUUAUUGUAUUGAUUUAUUUCUUGAGAUAUUUAUCAUAUAUUUUAAUAGAUAUUUUUGUCAAAUAAAACUCAAAAAAUCUAAGUUAGCCACUGCUAGUACUUUUACGACUGAUUUAACUUAGAAAAUAAUUUGUUUCAUAUUCACAUUUUCAAUAAGAAUUUAACACUAACAUAAGUAUCUAUAAUACAACAAAGAUAGAAAGACUGAAGUUAUUUAUAACUAGAUGAAAAAUAUAAAUCCACGUUAAAAUUAGAUAAAUCUACAGAUUUUUAAUUAUUUCGAAUGUCUUCUUAAUAUCUAUAAUAAUAAUUUAGAGUUUUCUCUAACCUCCUUCCUCCACGUCCUCAAGGAGAGUGGGGCUUUCUUCGCCACGUGUCACCAAACUAGAGCAGUUCUGACUUCUGCACAACUCAUUUCUCUAAUACCACUUAUUCGAAUUUGGGUUUUUGUUACAAAUUCAUAUUGAACCCAGUUCUUUAGCCCAGUCCCUAGAACAUCUUUUAGUAGCCCACCUGGCAUUAUGUUUGUUCCUGCUUCUUCUCCUUACGUCUGCGACAUAGCCGACGGAAAUACACAGAAACUUAAAGCGCCGAUUGAUCUUUGUAACGCCUCACCAAUCUUUUAAUCCAUUCUUUACUCCGAGUUUUUCCUUGAUUAAUUCACUCCUCCCAAUUGAAGAAUUCGAUCUACCUCUUUGUUUUCCACUGUAACCACCGGCGGAAACUUCUGCUAUAAAUAUCGGAUUUUCUUAUGAUGCACAGUACAACCCAAACGAGAUCCAGAAACAUACUAUUUCCUAGCAACCGAUUCUGAUGGCGAAUUCAAACACUCUCCUUGCCGAUUUGAGAACCGAUGCUCUAACAUUGCCGAGGAGGUUUGUCUCCUCAAGUUCUAGGAGGCCAGCGGGGAACUAAUUGAUGAGAAUGUAAGCACCAUUUUCCUCCGACUAACCCUUUCCACAAAUACAUAUAUUUUGGUUUCUAACGUUUGGUUUUGCUCAUUUCGAACAGUCUUUUGUAGUGCCAUGUUUACUUAGGAUUCACAUAACACACCAAAUUCGUUGAGCUAGCAGCAACCAUCAACCUAAUGCCUCACGAGAUGUUUAGGUUAUGUACGUAUGACCAGUUUCUCCUACAACUAAUACUAACACUGAUUUACGAGGUCUGUCCAUUAGAUUCUCGAAACUGAUGAUACCUACCUCUUUUACUAUUCUUUGGUUGCAGAUUUGGUUGGUGAAGUGAAGGGCAUCAAGACCAUUUUCAAUGACGUGACACAGAACACAGACCACAGAAAGUAUAAUGGCAUACUUGCAAAUUGACAGCUUCGUUUCAACUGCAGUUUUGAACAUGUGGCUCAGAAUUGACAAGUAUGCGUUAAUUGAAAAUUGACAGGUGAUAACCAUCCUGGUAACAACAUGUAAACACAACUAUUGAAUUCAAAUCCACUACUUUGAUAGCCACCAGUGACCACCAACCAAACUUUGGACAACUAUUGACAGUUAUUGAAUUCAACUCCACUACUUGUCUGUUGCACACGUUUGUUUCUGUUUAUCUGCAGGGAGGUGAUAACCAUCCUGGUAACGACAUGUCUGGAGCUGGAGCUGUGAAGACUAACCAACCUGAAUACAUGAUGGUCUGAUAACUGAAUUCAUUGAGGGAACAGCUGGGGUAAAUAAUGUUAGUUGUUGCUGAAGGAGGUGAUGUGGACCAACUCUUCCACCUGUUGAACAUGUUUUAGCUGGGUCUCCGGAUGAGAAUGAAACAAUUACGGAGGACAAGCGUGAAGGGAAAAAGCCAUUUAUUAUUUUCUAUCAGUAGCUGUUCUUUUUUGCCACCUUUAAAACUUUACCUACAAGGAAACAUAGUUGGUGCAAUGUUAAUGAAUAAUAAAGUUUUUUCACACUGCCUCCCUUAACAUCAGAUUCUUCUUAUAAUUCACGGCUUGGUGGCUUUACUAACCUGUUAUGGGUUUACACUUUACAAUGAAACAUGGCUGGUGCAGUGUCUCUAUAUAAAGUUUUAUAGAUAUCUGCGUUUAUACUUGGAAUCAAUAAACUCACGGUAAUCUCAUAUUGGACAAGGAAUGACAUUGUUGUUACCAAUAUUUCACAAAUGUGUGACAAUAUCAUUUCAUUCCGUGACCGCUUCUUACGAUUGCAAGCAACGAUUAGAAGCAGCGGCGGAUCCAUAAAUAUCUUUUACCCGGCAAAAUAUAUUAACUAAUAUAUAAAUAAAUUUAUUUAAAUAUAUAAUUUAAUAUAUAUAAAAUGAAAAAUUCAUUAUCUAUUUUAAUUUUUUUUAUAUAAACCGCAAUAGUUUUUUAGUUAUUAUAUAUUUAUCUAACAUGUUUUAUAUAUAUAUAUAUAUAUAUAUAUAUAUGAUAUCUAUGAUGAAUCAUUUUUAGAUUGUUUUAAAAAAAAUUCUUACCGAGUAGUUUAUAAAAUUACAAGUCUUAGUAAUUUAUUUUAGCAAAAUUAAUUGUUGCGGUUUAAAAGGCCUGGAGUAAGAAUUUUCUUAGCGUUACAUACAAAUUUUAAAGAAAAAGUGCUGGUACAGACGAGUAUUAUAUAUAUAUACGGUACUAAUAUCAUAUGGGAUGUACGAAAAUAUAAAAAAUAAUGAAGUAAUACUAAUCAUCUUAGUAAAUAAAGUAAGUGAAUCUACUUGAUUAUUAUAUAUUGAUGGACACAAAACUCUACAAAUUAAAAAGCAUUAUCAUAUAAAAUGACUGAACAAACAAAAUAAAUUAAUGGGGGCAAAUAUAUGAUUUUGUACGGG